AUGGCUAUUGCAAAUGUCAUCCAAGCUUUCCAGCAAAGGGUCUUUGACCAUGCUUUGCAGUCGGCCGUCACAGGCAUUCUUCUGAUACCCCUCAUUUACGUCAUUAUCAAUGAGUUCAUCCGCUCUCAGGCUCGGAUUGCCAAGUUGGAUGGACCUCGAGGUCUACCUCUGAUUGGCAAUCUAUGGGACAUUCGAGUCAAUGCUGCAGAGCAAUACAGGAGAUGGGCCAAGAAAUUUGGAUCAGUCUAUCAAAUCCAAUUGGGAAAUGUGCCGGUUGUUGUGGUCAACUCUGCGUCUGCCGCCAGAGCCCUCUUCGGACAGAAUGCCCAGGCUCUCAGUUCCCGUCCUGAAUUUUACACAUUCCACAAGGUUCUCUCGGAUACUGCGGGAACAACGAUUGGAACUUCUCCUUACAGCGACUCACUUAAGCGCCGUCGUAAGGGAGCUGCUUCCGCCUUGAACCGACCGUCAGUCGCAACCUAUGUUCCGCACCUCGAUGUCGAAACCAAGACCUUCGUCAAGGAGCUCUACGAAUAUGGCAAGGCCGGCCAAGCUCCGGUCGACCCCAUGCCGAUGAUUCAACGCCUGUCUCUCUCGCUCGCUUUGACUCUCAACUGGGGAAUUCGCAUGAGCAGCCAGAAAGACGGCCUCUUUAAGGAGAUCACCCAUGUCGAAGAAGAGAUCAGCCGCUUCCGCUCGACCACUGGCAACCUGCAAGACUACAUCCCUCUUCUCCGCAUCAAUCCCAUCAACAUGCACUCAGCCAAGGCCAGAGACAUGCGGAACAGGCGUGAUGUCUACUUGACUGCCCUGAACAACGGUCUCGAUGAGCGCAUGGCCAACGGAACCCACAAGCCCUGCAUUCAGGCCAACGUCAUCAUGGAUCAAGACGCGAAGCUCAACAAGGCCGAAUUGACAUCGAUCAGUCUGACCAUGCUUUCCGGAGGACUUGACACCAUCACCACGCAGGUCGCUUGGUUUGUUGCCAUGCUCGCGCAGAGGCCCGAUAUCCAAGACAAGGCCGUGGCAGCCAUUCGAGAGUUCUACAGCGAGAAGCAGCCAAUGUGCGAUUCCGAGGAUGACCAGCAAUGCCGUUACAUCGUGGCCUUGGUUCGCGAGUCCCUGAGGUACUACACUGUUCUCCGUCUUGCGCUUCCUCGAGCGUCUGUUCGAGACGUUCCCUACGGUGAAGUUAUGAUUCCCAAGGGAUCUGUUAUCUUCCUCAACGCCUGGGCGUGCAACAUGGAUUCAGAAGUAUGGACUGACCCCGAGGUUUUCCGCCCCGAGAGAUGGUUGGAGCAGCCGGAUGCGCCCCUUUUCACCUAUGGUGUUGGGUACCGCAUGUGUGCAGGUUCACUUCUCGCCAACAGGGAGCUGUACCUGGUUUACAUGAGACUUCUCAACAGCUUCAGGAUCGAGAAGUACGAUGAUGUUGACCAUCAUCCCAUCACUGGAAAUGCCGAUCCCACGAGUCUGGUGGCUAUGCCAAGGCCGUACAAGGCACGAUUCGUGCCCCGUGAUGUUGAGACAUUGAGCAGUGUUUUGAGAGACUCGGAAGAGAAGGCCUAG